UGUUUGUGACAUUGUUACAUAUAAAAAUAAUAACACGUUUAAAAACAAUGUCUUUAAAAAAAUUUAUACAUCCAAGAAAUAAGUACAAAGUACCGCCAAAUUUUAAACAACUUGCCGAUCUUUAUCCUGAAUUUCAACAGCAUGUAUCUGUAAAUUUAUCAGGAAAGUUGCAGUUUAAUUUCAAUAAUAGAGAAAGUCUUGCUGUGUUGACAAAAACUUUGCUGAAGCAUGACUUUGAUCUUGAUGUCAAUAUUCCGAUAGAGAAACUCGUACCAGCUUUGACACCUCGUCUUAAUUAUAUUUUAUGGAUUGAAGAUUUAAUGAAUUUUUCUGGAAUUAGUCAAGUAUCUGGAAUAGACAUUGGUACUGGAGCUAUUGGAAUAUAUUCAUUGCUAUGUGCUAAAAUAUAUAGUUGGAAAAUGAUUGGUACAGAUAUUGAUGCACUGAGUGUAUCAUCAGCUGUUGAAAACAUCCAACGUAAUAAGUUAGAUCACUUGAUAAAAGUGAUUAAAGUUCAGAAUAAUGUUUUAUUAAAAGGUAUAAUGACCGAUGAAGAAUCAUACUCUUUUACAAUGUGUAAUCCUCCGUUUUUUGAUGUUGACAAUACUGAGAAAAAAGAAAAACGUUUACCACCAACAAACGCAAAAACAGGACACGAUAUUGAGUUAUCUGUUAGUGGUGGUGAGAAAUCUUUUGUUUGUCAAAUGAUUGACGAAAGUAUCGAACUCAAGGAAAAAAUAAAAAUAUAUACAACAAUGUUGGGUCAGAAAAGUAGUUUAGCAUACUGUAAAUCUGAAUUGAGAAAAAAAAAUAUUUAUAAUUUCACGUGGACUGAAUUUUGUCAGGGUAAUACUAAAAGAUGGGGUCUAGCUUGGUCUCUGAUACCCAAAGACGAAUUAGAUUUAUCAAAAGCUCCAGCUAUAAGAAUGAAAGAGUCUAAUACUGAUAAAUCAAAAAAUUAUUUUUCUACGGAAUUGUUAUUUCCUUUUAAUAAUAAAUUUCAAACUAUAAAUGACGUAACAGCUGGACUGAAACAGUGGAUUGAUGAAUUACAAAUUGAAAUAAAGAAAUUGAAGUUGGAAGAAGAUUUUAAUGGUUCCAUGUAUGAAUUAUGUGCUUACAAAAAUAAUUGGGUCCAUGCCAGAAGAAAACGACGUAUGGAAAUGCAAUUAAAUUCAAUCGAGUACAAACGACCACGUGUUGAUGAUAAAGAUCAACCUUCCACAACGAAUGAUUUAGAGGAAUCUUCAACAAUUGAUUCAACGAAAUCUGAUAAUAAAAUUUAUCUUAAAUUCAAUCUUGCCGUUAGCAAUUUACUUAAUGAAGAUAAUGAUGAUGAUGAUAAUAAUAAUAAUGGUGUUAAAAUUUUAAUGAUUUUAAAUGGAGGCGAGGGCGGAAAAAAUGCAUUAGAAUCUUUUAAACAGUGUUUACUUAAUAAAUUUAGUAUACGAGAAUUUCAAAAACAAAAUAAACAAAUUGUUAAAAAAUUACCAAAGAAAAGAAAAAAAAAUUAAAAA